CUCCUCCCUUGGCUGUGGAUGCUCGUCUUCUUCACCUACCUCGACCGCUCCAACCUGUCCUUUGCUGCGUUCCAAUUUAAGAAGGACAUCAACCUCUCGAACACUGUGUAUGGACUGGGAGCAAGUAUCUUCUUUGUGGGGUACACUGUUGGUCAGGUGCCCUCAAACUUGUGCCUGAAGGCCAUUGGAGCUCCUUGGCUCACCAUAAUUCUUGUGGGCUGGGGCCUGGUGUCUGCCCUCGGCUGCCUCAUUGCAACGCCCAACGGCUACAUUGUGCAGCGCCUCAUACUUGGCAUUGUGGAGUCUGGAACCUUCCCAGGCAUGUGGUUCCACAUCACAACCUUCUUCAACGCCAGCGAGACGGGCCCGGCGCUGGCCCUGGUGGCCACCAGCACAGCCCUGUCACAGGUCAUCGGUGCACCGAUCGGUGCAGCCCUAAUGCUCAUGGACGGGGUGAGGGGC